AAGGUGAAUUCGGCGAAGGAAAAAAAGCGGGAACCACUGAUAACAAACGUCACGGCGUCGAGGGCAUCGAUUUUCCACGAACACCACCCACCGUGCACCGAAAUAAACAAAACAAACUACCCACAGGCACCACUUUCUUUUUCGCUCACAGCAUAGCACCUUUCUACCCACCGGAAACGGGGAUUUACGCUUAGAAGGACACGACUAGCAGGGCACGUUAGUGUAAACAGUAACAGGAAGAAAAAACGGGCGUGCAGGCGAUCCCGAGUGGUGCUUCAUUUUGCUCGAGUACCAUUCAAACCCAUCUGGUAAGCGUGCGCGAUCAGCAAAAAGGUUCCGUGAGAACGCGGUGAAGGAGAUACGGCAUUGGAUUCCUUAUUUUCCUGCCACAGGUUCGUGAUUCCUUUGCCAUUGCCAUCCUAGUUGGCCACGCUCGGUCGGUCGCUGUGUUUUGUGUGUGCGUGUGCUUCGUGUCUACGUCAAAGUGCGCCUGUCGUCGUCGUCGUCGUCGCUGGGCGGAUACCGCGCCGGGGACAUUCUUUCGCAUCGCACCCGUUGCGUAGUCGUUCAAGAUAGGUCAAACUAGAAGCAUGUCCAUGAACGAGGGCAUUGCAGUGGUCACGAAGGUGGUAUCGACCGGUGUGCGCCGUGCCCCGGAACCGGCCACGGUGCUAACGCGCGAAGAUCUUGACGCGGGCCCGGUCAGCUUGGACGAGAUCGAACCGGGCCUGUGGCUGGGCAAUGCGUCCGCCGCGGCCGACGUCGGCACGCUGGAAAGGCACACCAUCCGGAGCAUCCUGUCGGUGGAUUCCGUGCCGCUGCCGGUCCACAUCACCGACCAUCCGAAUCUUCGCGUGCGCCACAUCCAGGCGGCCGACGUGCCCCGCGAAGACCUGAUACGGCACUUCGAGGACAGCAAUCGGUUCAUCGCGGACAGCCUGGCCGAGGGUCGCCACGUGCUGGUGCACUGCUACUUCGGCGUGAGCCGCAGUGCCACGAUUAUGAUUGCGUACAUCAUGCAAAAGUAUCGGCUCGGGUACGAGGCCGCCUUCCAGCGGGUGAAGGCGAAGCGGCGCUUCGUGAUGCCGAAUCCGGGCUUCGUCAAUCAGCUCAAGCUGUACGGGCGCAUGGCGUACCGGAUCGAUCGCACGAACGAGCGGUACAAACUAUUCCGCCUGCGGCUGGCGGGGGACAACGUGCGGAAAGCGAAACGGCUGCCGACGGAGUGCAUGGACGUGGUGAAGCCGGACCCGGGCGUUACGCAGGAAUCGCCCGAACCGUACGUGUACCGGUGCCGCAAGUGUCGGCGGGUGGUUGCGUCCCGGAGCAACCUGCUGCUGCACAAACCGAAAUCGGCCAUGGUGGCACAGUCGCCGGCAAAGGUUGGCCGCGAACCGGAAGCUACACUCGAAGAAGAGGAGGAGGAGGGGGAGCAAGAGGAGCAUGAAGGGACUGGUGGCGACGGUGCUGAGAGUGGCAGCAGACCGCAAGGUGCUGAUGGGGAAAAUGUGGCAGACGGUACCAUGGCAACGGGAUCAUCAGCUGUGGACGGUAGCGGGGUGAACGAGCUGGGCGAGAAAGUGCGCCGCUGUUCGAUUAGCAGCGAGCAUAGCAACCGGUCGUCGGAGAAGGAUACGCCGAUGUGCAACAAAAUAUUCUUCAUCGAGCCGCUCGCCUGGAUGACGGACAUCUACCGCAACACGCAGGGCCGGCUGUACUGUCCGAAGUGUACGGUCAAGCUGGGCAGCUUCAACUGGGUAAUGGCCACCAAAUGUCCGUGCGGAGCGGAAAUAUUUCCUGCGUUUUAUCUUGUCCCCUCGAAAACGGAAUACUCGACCGUGGUUCAAAACGUGCAAGUGACGGUGUAAUUCAGUUUGGUCGAGCGCACCUUUGAGCGAUACCAAAGAUAGCAACAACAGCAGCAGCAGUGUGUAGUAAGUGGCAGCGGGAAGUGAGCGGCCCAGCUUCAUUCAAUAUUUAUUGUCGCCCUUUAUUUAUUAUUGCUGCCCAAUUUCAUUAUGUUUGAGGAUUUGCGUCAUGAGGGCUUUGUUUAGGGUAAAAGGAACCGACAAGCGUGUGAACGUGGCAGCUAGCAGCUCAUCACAGCACCGCUCUUCAUGGAGAAAGGAUUCAAAUGAGCCGUAGCCAUAGGAAGAAUGGCGUAUUUUUUGAAGAGGACUGAUAAGAGAUACUUGAAACGCGGGAAAGAAGGGAGAAGAGAAACAAAAACGCUUCACAAUAGCUGAUGCUGCGGUGGCGGCAGCUGGAAAACUUUCUCAUCGCGAAUGGCCGGCCGUGCUGUGAUCGAUGGAAAAUAGCUAAAAAUAGGUCAAUUGGCGUAUUUACACAUCCUUCUCGUGCGGCUGAACAUCACAUGGAACGAUGGUUUUGACGGUGAUGAUGAUGAUGAUGAUGAUGAUGAGUUAUACGACAAUGACAUUGACGCGAGAAACUCUCGUCAUUCUGGUUUGAGUGAUCGACAAAAAAAGAAGGAAACCGACAGCAGCGCAGCAGUGAAAUAGGAUUCCUUUCCCAUGGCAUCGUCCGUCGACUGGGAACGAAUGGGAAGUAAUGAAAUCGAUACUGGAUUAUAGCGGCAUAGAAAUGGAAGAAACCUCAACACAAACAAUUAUCACACCAGGCCGGAAGUGAAACAAUGAAACGACGAGAUGUCCUUCCGAGUGUAACGAUUACAGGCAAGCUCUGCACAAUGGCUUUUGUUUCAGCAUACGCCUUGCCUUUCUAGCAGAUUUUGUAAUAUUUGUGGGCAAUUUUUUGUUCGUUUAAUUCCAAGACUUGCUUACGAGUGACUGAUGCGCGCAAAAACUACCUUCUUCGGAUUAGGCUCCACCAAAGCCGAAGCUGCUGCUGCUGCCACGUUACGAUUGAAUUGAUACUACAAAAGCGUCUUCCGGCAGCCAGAAAACAAGUAGGAAAAAAAUCGUUAUUUAUGAGCCAAAAACAUUUGCAAAAGAGCUUCUACCGUUUAGUAUAAAUUGUUCUACGUAAGCAUUAUGCUGCUUUGCAUUGCAGGCGGUCGUUGGCGUUGAAGGAAGAUAAAAUAGCAUCUAGCAGUAGGCAAGCAGAGCAAACCAGUAGAGAACCAUAUUUAAUCUUCUGUAGGAAAGAUGCGUAGCAAAAAAAGAAGGCAUUGCUCUCUCUCUCUCUCUAGCUCUCUCUUAACGUAACAAUACAAUAAUCUAUACAAUUUGCUAUCUUAUUUACGGACUUAGAAAAUUGUGUCGUACUAGUGUGGUAGUGCAGAAACGGCAAAAACACACCGUAAAGCAUUAUUUACGAUUGCAAAAUCAAAAGAAAAGAGAAGAGAAAAACAAAUAUACUACUACUAUUGUUGAGGGUAAGGAGAACAGUACACGACAGGCAAAACAAUCGCACACAAUGCGCAACUUGAUUUCGGCUAUACGGGUUUUGCGAAUAAUGAUUUGUUGCAAAACGAAAGCUCCUAAAUUGGGCAAAACGUGGUCCGGCGGGAGUGUGUUCAUCGAAUCGCGAGGUAUCGAUGAUAAAGAUCACUGUAAAACAAAGGUCACAAUUAAAUUGGAACUAUCAUAUACACAAGCAAAGCUAGGCUCGCAUACAUAUUUACUCAUCGGAAUAAUCGGUUUUUGGUGCAUUAGACAAAACAAAGCAUACGAGACUAAUGGACAAGAAAUAUUUAAUCCAAGGUAAAAUCCCAGCUGACUGGAAAAAUAAAUAGCUUUCCAAAUUGGUAAAAUGAAUGCGAACCCCAUUGCAUGACAACAAUUAGCGUGUGUUUGUGUCUGUGUUUGUGUGUGUAGACGACAAUAUAAAAUAAUCCAAAUUAUUUGCGUCACAAUUUCUGGACAAAUGAUAACGGUUUCUUUCUCGACAAGGUGAAGAACACCGGCACUACUAACACCGAACAAAAAAAAUCAAACAAAAAACUGGGAAUAUACGGGUGACUGACACACAUACAAACACACACAAGCUUAAUAUGUAGGAAUCGUAUACAAAUAAUAUAGGACCUUGCAAAGGAUCCGCUCAUAAUAUAGCAAGCGAAAGUUAAUUGAAAUAAUCAAACUCAAGAUAAUCAAAUUUGCAUAUUGUUUUUUUGUGGUACAAUGUGGGAAAAGCUGAAGAAGAGCCCCGUCGUCUUCGUGCAACUAUUAGUAGUAGCAGCUCGUUUUACCCUGCCGCGUACACAGUACGGCUGUUGCAGUAAAAUCAAACAUUAUACAAAGUACAUAAUGAAAUAAAGAAAAAUAAAAUUCUACUCCAAUAAAUCAACAGUA